UGUACAUUUUUACAUUUUUUAUAUUUAAAAAAUACAACUAAAUUCACUGUUAUCCACUCGUAUUUUUUUUUUAAUAGUCGGACGCAAAAUGAAGGUCAUCCAAAAUGGUUUGUUCUGGGUGUUGGACAAGUCAUAAAAGGGUUAGAUAUUGCUAUGAUGAAUAUGUGUCCUGGAGAAAAACGGAAAGUGAUCAUCCCUCCGUCAUUAGCAUAUGGACAGCAAGGAUAUGCACAGGGCAAGAUUCCACCCAAUGCAACAUUGAUCUUUGAGAUUGAACUUUAUGCAGUAAAUAAGGGACCUCGCAGUGUUGAAGCAUUUAAUCGAAUAGACAAGGACAGUGACAAGAAACUCUCUGAACUUGAGAUAAGCCAGUAUUUGAAAGAAGAAUUUGCAAGAGAUGGCAAAAAACGUCAUCCUUCAGUCCAUGAUGAAAUCUUAGCUGAUAUAUUUAAGAAGAAUGACCAUGAUGGAGAUGGUUUCAUAUCAGCAAAGGAAUACAAUGUCUACCAGCAUGAUGAACUCUAAGUACUUAAAAAAUCUUUAGCUGUUUUCUGGACACUCAAUUUUAAAUAAUAAUGCUUCGUCACACAAUUUUUUGUAUUUUUUUAUAGUGGCAUCUUUUUAUAUCUCUUAAGGUGACUGCAAAAAUCUUAUUUUUAACAUUCAACUAAUAAAAUGUGUUAGAUAUUUCAAAAGAAAGAAAUAAAAGUGGAAAACACC